UUUAUUCUAAUGUAAAUUUGACAAAAGUUCACUGCUAACAAUUGAUGUUUUCACUGUUUCAGCAUGUAACAUUAUUUGAUGCCUAUGAAUUGGACUAGUGGAUUAUUUAUAUUACUACAUUUACAUUGGACAUUUUUAUUUUUUUUGCAUUUUUAACAAAUCAAAUCAUAAAAUCGUUGUAUAAUAAAUGUAACAGUGUCGUAUAAAUAACUAAUCGUAUUUUCAAACUGGAGAACAACUAACAAUCAAGUUGAAUCAUUGCAGAGAGCAGAUAUACAACUAUCUCAGGAAUUUCAUGUUUUCAGAAACAGAGAAAUUAGCUAUUCAACAUAUCACAGAUAUCGACUGGCCUAACGGACCACCAGAUUUCUAUGUGAAAGGAUCAUCUUAUGCAGUUACCCAGAGUCAGUUAAGAGAAUUGGAAUUAGCUUCAGGUUUGGGUAUUGUAAAUUCUACAAGUAUUGUUUCACGAUUGCCGUUUGAUCAAUUUCAAGAAGAGCCAUUUCAUUACUGGGCGAUGAUACUGUUAAUAUUUCCACUAGUCACAGUGUUUGGCAAUGUACUGGUUGUGUUAAGUGUAUUUCGAGAUCAAAAUUUACAUACAGCUACGAAUUAUUUCAUUGUCAGUUUAGCUAUUGCAGAUAUUAGUUUGGCCAUUGUUGUCAUGCCUGUAGCUAGUUGGGUUGAGGCUAAUGAUGGAAAAUGGCGCCUUGGUACUGUACUGUGUGACAUAUUUAUUAUGUUUGACGUACUUUUGUGUACAGCAUCUAUUUUAAAUUUAGCAGCUAUUAGUAUGGACAGAUAUGUUGCUGUGACUAGACCGAUUACAUAUGCUCAACAUAGUAAAAAUGUUCGCGUUGGAAUCACCAUCGCAGCCACAUGGAUAUUAUCAUUUAUAAUUGCAUUGCCAAUAGCCUGUGGAUUAAAUAAUGCGCCAUAUCGAAAUUUAGAAAUGUGUGUUAUGUACAUUCCUGAAUAUAUAAUUGCUUCCUCCAUUGGAUCAUUUUAUGUACCAUGUACAAUUAUGAUUGUAUUAUAUUAUCAAGUAUUUAAAGCGAUUCAAUCAAGAACUAAACGAUCUAAAUUGAUAAGUAUACGUAAUCAAGUGAAAAAUUAUGCAAAACAUUACAAAACAAUGAACCAGACAACUGUUAAACCGAUCGAAGAUAAGGAGGUGAAUAUAUGCAACAGUUUAGAAGAUAUGACAUAUUUAACUGCAAUUAAUCCACAAGUAUGUGAUUGCCACUCAAGUGGUAUUGAUACAUAUAUUGAUUCAAGUCAUAUAACAAAUGUGUCUUAUUGUACAGAGAAUCAUCGUACAUAUAAAACAAAUGAUAUGAAUGAUCAGUACUCGGCAGACAUAAACGGUACAUCUAACUUAUCUAAUUAUUGCUGCCCUAUUAAUUAUUCAGAAACUAUACCAAGUUCACUAGAAUCUAAUGAAACUAAUCAACUUCAACCAACGCUUAUAUUAAUUAAUUCUGAAUGUAUUAAAAAUCCUUAUGAACCUCAAAUUCCCUCAGUAACUUUGACAGAAUCAUCUACAAAAACCAAAAAUGACAACAAUAAUGCAAUUAUUAAAGUUAAUAAUAAUAAUAAUAAUAAUAAUAGUAAUAAUAAUAGUGAUAUACCAAGCUCACAGCCAGAAUUCAAAAACAUGGAUGAUUUUCGUAAACAUUUAAAAAAUCGCAUCAAACAAGCAAAACGCAGUAGUUUAUCUAUGAUAACAACUAAUGUAUUUGCCGGUUUAUCUAGUAAACAAGUAUAUGCAUUGAAUACAAACACUGAUGUGAAAAAAUCCACUGCAAAUAAAUUUACAUCGUCAUUAUCAUCUAAACGACAAAUUAGACGUAUUAAAUCACUUAUUCCCUAUGAUGUUUCUAAAUCAUUCAGUGAACAAACUAAUAAUGAACAAUUAUUGAAAAGAUCCAUUUUUAAAACUCGCAAAAGUCAGAUUUCCAGUGAGAUUAAAAAGAAACAAUCAAACCCGGAUAUAAACUCAUCAUCCAGUAUAAUGAAUAUGACUUAUUUUUUCCCAAACAGAUCUGGAAGUAAUGUAACUUUAAAAGAAAGUCUAGCUGCUAAACGGGAAAAGAAAGCCACAAAAACAUUGGCUAUUGUUUUGGGUGUAUUUUUAAUCUGUUGGAUGCCAUUCUUUACAAACAACAUUAUACAAGGAUUCUGUUUCAAAUAUCAAUUAUUACAACAAUCUCAAUUAUGUCACAUGCCUGAUUGUAUAACAAGCAUUUGUGUAUGGCUUGGUUAUGUGAAUUCAGUUCUCAAUCCAAUUAUUUAUACAAUAUUUAAUGUUGAAUUUAGAAAAGCCUUUAAAAAAUUACUUUAUUGUAAAUCUUGAUUUCAACAUGGCGAUAUAUUUAUAUAUACAUAUAUUUUAUGAAUAAAUUAUUAUAACAUGUAAA